AUGAAUGCCCUGAACCCAAGGAAAAGAAGGCGCCAGGAAAAUGAUGAGGACUUAGGGCCCGCUUCAUCGCGCAAAUCUCCCCUCAUGCGCGAUGAGAAACAGCGGGAGAAUUAUCGCAAAACUAUGUUCCUUGCAAGCGUCAAGGAGACUUUUCGCAAAAAAGCGCAGGCAGAUUACCAAGAGCUUUUGGACCGCUUCAGCCUAGACUCCGUUUUGCACAACCCAGAUUCUUUCACAUAUCUGCGCCAUCUCUUGGUCGCGUUGACACACGUAGUAUCACAAUUAGAUCGCUUCCAUUACUCCCUUGUCGAGGCGAUUUUGGGUCUUCCUUGGGUGAUGGCGGACCCUGCGUUCGUCAAGUCCUACAUUGCGUUCAGUGGGGUGUUGGUGAGCGCAAGACCUGAAUACAGCAGCAAAAUCUUGCAGCGAGCGAUAUCAGGACUAACAUAUCAAUCUGGACUGCACCCUCUUGGAAAGUAUUCUUCGCAACCACUUCGUCGACGUGACAUUUACAAUCGCCAACACGAACUCCUUCAACACAUUCUUUCACUGAUUCCGACCCUCAGUAAUGAACUAUUACCGAUUCUACUGCGCAACUUCCCACACAAACGAUUGCCCGUCGCCUGUCAAAUCACGUACAUCCGGAACAUUCUGAGAAUCACGCAAUAUUACCCUGAACUCAGCGAAGGGAUUUUAGCAACUAUAAUAGACCGUGCAGUACAGAUAGACGUUGAGAUACAAGUCGAAUUAGGAGAACUCGAAGAGGAAGAUGAAGAAGCGGACCCAAUUUUCGAGAUCGAUCCGUUCGAUAAAGAAAUUGACGCCUGCAGCGACAGCGAAAAUGAUGAUAGUGAUAAAGAUGAUGAAGGGUUGAAUGGAUUAAGCGACGUAUCUUCCGACGCUGAAUUCUCCGAACCUGAGGUCACCGAAGUUGAACGGGACCCAAAGGACAUUAAACUUCAGGCAGCCAAAUUGGAUGCUAUGCUGAAGACUGUUUUUGAACAUCUGAACUCGCUGCAUGAUGCUCCGGACGCUGUUGCCUCAAACGAUAACCCGCCACCGACAAGCUCUGACCCAAUUUCUCUCGCCAUUGCAGAGGGAAAUGGCUCUCUAAAACGGUCGCAGUUCCGCGCCCUCCUAACCAUCUUCGAACGGAUUAUCCUCAGAACGUUCAGGUCGCGAUACACACAAUUCUUGAUCUUCUGGUAUUCUUCAUUGGACCACGAUUUCGCAAACGACUUUUUGGGCUCGCUUUCCAUCAAAGCCCUCAUUGAUCAGGAGCAAGCGACGACUAUUCGCACAGCGUCUGCAAGUUACAUAGGUAGCUUCGUCAGUCGUGCACAAUUCGUCGAUUCUGUUCAAACACAACAAGUUGUGAAGUUGAUGUGUUGGCAUUUAUCAGAGGAGCUCGCCACAUACGCAAACCUAGAUGGACCGGUCCACGCAACGCGUUUCAGCCUAUUUUAUGCAGUAGCACAGGCUGUGUUCCUUAUCUUCUGCUUUCGUUGGCGUGACCUGCUUGAAGCGCCACUGAGCGGCGAGGGUGAGGAGGUCGAAGAUCCGGAUGACGUUGCGCCCAAACGGUGGAUUCCAGAUCUCAACAUUCUCCAGCGAGUGGUCAUGUCUGAAUUGAAUCCAUUGAAGGUGUGCUCCCCCAACGUUGUAAGGCAGUUCGCCAAAGUUGCACGCAUUACAAGAUUCAUGUACUGCGAUUCCAUCAUCAAUGUUAACAAGAGGUCCAUUGAAUUUCUUAUAGCCUCACAAUCCACACGCAGCCUUGCUUCUUCAGACUCGGCCGCGACCAAUCUUAGCGGUAAAACUCUUCUUAACUCGACUCCAACUACGCCUCGCACGCAACGGUCUAUCAUCGGAGAACACAUCGUCUCGAAUGACCUCGCGACAUUCUUCCCCUUCGAUCCCUACACCCUCGAAUCAUCCCAUGAAUACAUUGACGGUAUAUAUCGUCAAUGGAGUUCUGUGGCCGUUAGGGAUGAUGAUGAUGAUGAUGGUGAUUCGGACGACGACGACGAAGCUGCCGCAACGCGCAGCCCAGACCAAAAUGGUGGAGAAGAUGGUACUGCCUCAUCUCCAGGCGUCGUGGAACAAGGAGGCAUAUCCUUCCAUACUCCUUUCGGUCGGAACAUGACCGUCUCCAAGAGUGCUGAAGACUUGAAUGAAACAUUCGGGGGAAUGUCAAUCAGUCCCGUACAACACAUGGGUCCUGCUAUGAUCAUGGCUUAG